UCAAAUUUGUCUUGAUUUCUGCUACACAAAACUCUAUUAGGACAAUAUUCUCUUUUCCUUAUAAAGAGUUUUAACAAAGAAUAUGGAGAUAGAGGCAGCAAGUACUGCAGCAAGUGGUGGAAAUUGUCUUGAUCUUGAAAAGGGGGUGGCGUUAUCAGAAAAUACUGUAUUAUCUGGAAUUCAAAAUGCUGCAUAUUUGGUUUGGGAAGAUUUAACAGUAAUGUUGCCAAAUUUUGGGAAUGGACCAACAAAAAGAUUACUAAAUGGAAUUACUGGUUAUGCUGAACCAAGUAGAAUCAUGGCUAUUAUGGGUCCUUCUGGUUCUGGCAAAUCCACUCUUCUUGAUUCUUUAGCAGGUAGACUCUCAACAAAUCUUGUAAUGAAUGGAAAUGUUCUUCUCAAUGGAAAGAAGAAAAGGCUUGACCAUGGUGUUGUCGCUUAUGUGACACAAGAAGAUAUACUAAUGGGAACUCUAACAGUGAAAGAAACUAUCCAAUACUCAGCUCAAUUGAGACUCCCAAGCAACAUGACCAAACAAGAACUAAACAAGAUUGUGGACAAUGUAAUAUCAGAGAUGGGGUUAGAAGAUUGUGCAGAAAAUUUAAUUGGAAAUUGGCAUUUGAGAGGAAUAAGUGGUGGUGAAAAAAAGAGAUUAAGUAUUGCACUUGAAAUUAUAACAAAACCUCAAUUAUUAUUUCUUGAUGAGCCAACAAGUGGACUUGACAGUGCUUCAGCUUAUUUUGUUGUUCAAGUUCUUAAGAAUAUUGCAUUAUGUGGUGGAAGGACAAUAAUAUGCUCAAUUCAUCAGCCAAGUAGUGAAGUUUUUGCACUAUUUGAUGAUCUUUUCUUGCUAUCCUCUGGUGAAAUGAUAUAUUUUGGAGAAGCUAAAAUGGCAGUUGAGUUCUAUGCUGAUUCAGGAUUUCCAUGUCCAACAAGAAGAAAUCCAGCUGACCAUUUUCUUCGAUGCAUUAAUUCAGACUUUGACGAUGUUACCGCCACUUUAAUAGGCUCGCAGAGAAUAAAUGAUAUCAAAGAGUCCUCAGGUUCACUGGUUUAUCUUCCAACAGCAGAGUGUAGAGUAAGGCUUAUUCAAAAAUACAAAUGCUCCAAACAUAGAUUGAGGGCAAAAGCUAGAGUUCUCGAACUCGCAAAUAUUAAAGAUGUUGUGAUAAAGGAAAGUGGAGGGAGCCAAGCAACAUGGUUGAAGCAACUGUGUACAUUGAUAAGGAGAUCACUGAAAAACAUGAGUAGAGAUUUUGGGUACUAUUGGUUGAGAAUUAUAGUGUAUAUAAUACUAUCUUUUUGUGUUGGUACUGUGUUUUAUGAUGUUGGAACUGGCCAUAAUGCAAUAUUGGCAAGGGGAGCUUGUGCUGGUUUCAUUUCUGGUUUCAUGACUUUCAUGUCCAUUGGAGGCUUCCCAUCUUUCAUUGAAGAAAUGAAGAUAUUUAGCAAAGAAAGGAAGAGUGGACACUAUGGAGUUGGAGUUUUCAUUCUUUCAAACUUCAUUUCUUCAUUCCCAUUUCUAGUUAUUAUGUCUUUGUGCUCAGCAGCCAUAACAUACAACUUAGUGAAGUUUCACCCUGGCUUCUUCCAUUUUUUGUAUGCUACCAUUGAUCUCUUGAGCUCCAUUGCUGUUGUUGAAAGUUGCAUGAUGCUUGUGGCUUGCUUUGUUCCAAAUUUCACUAUGGGACUUGUUAUUGGUGCUGGACUUCUUGGAACAAUGAUGGCAUCAGCUGGCUUUUUCAGGCUAAUCCCUGAUCUUCCAACAGUCUUUUGGAAAUAUCCUGUUUCAUAUGUUAAUUACAUGUCAUGGGCCUUACAGGGAGCAUACAAGAAUGAUUUAAUAGGAUUAGAAUUUGAGGGUAUAAUCCCAGGUGAUCAAACUAUGAAGCUGAAGGGUGAAGUAAUCAUAAGCUCAGUGCUUGGAUUUUCAGUUAAGCAUUCAAAAUGGUGGGAUUUGGGUGUUGUAAUUUCUAUUCUAAUAUCAUUCAGAUUGCUUUUCUACAUAGUUCUCAAGCUAAAGGAGAGAGCUUUACCAGUUUUACACACAUUUUACACAAAGAAAACUCUUCAACAUCUUAGUAAAAGGCCUUCAUUUAGGAAAACACCACCAUCUUUUCCAUCAAAAAGACAUUAUAAUGUUCACUCAUUGUCUUCUCAAGAAGGCCUUAAUUCUCCUCUCCACUGAGAAUAUUAUUAGAGUUUAACAGCUUGUUUGGAUUGGUUGUUAUUUAUUGUAUUGUAUCGUAUUGUUAUUUUAAAUAUAAUGUUUGUUUUGAUUGU